CGCCGGCUUGGUCCAAUUCCUUGUCAUACAAGCAAGAAUAAGAUUUGAGCAGAACUCGGCUCGGCAUUUGUCUUCUGCACGACGGGCCCCAGGGAGAGGCGAUCCCAAACCGGGUCCAUGGUGCCACACCGGUCCCUUUUUUUUUUUCUUGCCAACGACGCCCUAAAAUGGUGCGAAAAGUGAGAAAGGGAGGAUCUGCCCUGGGACGAAAGAGCCAUCUACUACAUAGUAUGCUCGCUUCUGGCCCUCCCGAUCCCGGCGGUUGUUAUUAUGGUGCUGGAGCUAUCAGAUGCAUCUGCGACGCGGCUACUGUGUGUGGUCUCUCGUGUACGUACUCGUGCUCCCAUGCCGUGUAACCGGCGGUCAAGUCUAUGGAGGUCCUGAGAGAGAGCCUCAUGCAAUGUGCCAGACAAGACACAAUUCUGGCAGGGCAACGCUCUCUCUCUCUCUCUUGCGGGGUAUCCCCCGGCUCACAUGCCCAUCACCCACGACAUCUAUCCGUACGCUAACGCCCCUUCCGGCCUUGUGUUCUCUGCCACGAGGACAGGACGAGGGGCCCCGCGUAUGCCCAGGAGGCUCGCGAGAGGAGCCCGCAGCGAUCAGCGCCGUCCCGCAUCCAGACUACACUAACACAGUCAGUCAUGUUUCCUGCCACCCAGCAGACGGGCGUGCAUGCAUGCAUGAGGAGCCGGCAAGGGGCAAGUGAAGAAGCGCCCCUCCCGUUGCGACUACGGCACAGCAGCGGUCACGGCCAGAACGUCGCUCGCCCUCCCGCCUUGCGCAUGCUGUGGGCUAUCUCCGGGCUCCACUCUUCCCAUUCCCACUUGCCGCCUCCCGUCCAUGCGCGAUUGCGCCUGCUGCUGUGGCUAAGACUUGUUGGUCAGGGGAAAAGAUUGGAAAAUAUGGAUCAAAAUUGUUGGUGCUUAUCGCAGUCCUUCCUCCCCUCUGACUCCUCCACAGGCAAUGCCGGGAAGUAGCACCCGCCACAUUUCUACUGAAUGCUACCUUGGAUAUACCCCGAGCAGUUUCUUUUGGCAUCAUCAUCGACUCACCUUACCGCCGGCGACUCACACAUCAUACCGGCAUUGUUCACGAAGCCUGCUUGCAUGGAUACAUCAUAGAUAUUUGAUACAUCGCCACUCUUCCCCGAGUCUUGUUUGCUAUCAGCUCUAGGAUAAUAAUAAUCACAUCCACGAGUCCACACACGCCCUCUCUCACUUGGACUUCUCCAGCACCCGUGCCGAGCGGCCGCAGCCGGCCGGGCUGACCAUCGGGCCAAGCGCCCGCACAGCACACAUCAAUGCCGACGAUGGAGUCUCGCGACUUCGCCACAGAGAAGACACCAGGGCAGGAUGGACGGGGCGAGGAAGCCUCCCAGGACCACGAUCGGACUGAAAGCUCAUCGAUCGUGGACGAGAAGGACCCCUUGGAGGUCACACCGGCCACGGGGACAGGAAGGACCCUAGCACCUCCCCGGUCCAUGUCCCGGCCCCGGAGCCGGGCGAGUAAGACCAGGCGCUCCGGAUCCCGCGCCUCCAAGAACCCAGCCGCCGCCAGCAGCACCAACGGCGACGACAGGUCUUCUCUCUACACAAAUAACACCGACCCCCUCUCACCGCUAGAGAACGCCCUCUCCCGCCCGGACCACAACGCCGACUAUCAGGAGCACGUAUCGCGCGUGCGGACGGGCGCCUCCACUGCCGCCAGCGCACUGUCGCGCCCGCCCGACUUCGAGGUGACCUUUAACAGCGACGCCCCCGACCCGUCCAACCCGCGCGACUGGCCCGACUGGUACAAAGGGUGGGUGAUCUUCGCCGUCAGCUACUCGACGUGGGUGGUGGUGCUGUACUCGACCUCGUACACGGCGACGAUCCCCGGGCUGGUGGCCGAGUUCGGCGGGGACCCCACGAUCGCCACGCUCGGGGUGACCACGUACCUCCUGGGCCUCGCGUGCGGCAGCCUGGUGGUGGCGCCCAUGAGCGAGCUGUUCGGGCGGCGGCCCGUCUACCUGCUGUGCCUGUCCGUCUCGGCGCUGCUGGUGCUCCCCUGCGCGCUGGCCCACGACCUGGCCACCAUCGUCGCCGUGCGCUUCCUGGGCGCCGUCUUCGGGUCCGUCAUGAUCUGCAACGGCGCGGGCACCAUCUCGGACAUCUCGACCGAGGAGAACCGCGCCCGCUACAUGAGCUGGUGGAGCAUCGCGCCGCUCAACGGGCCGGUGACGGGCCCCCUGAUCGGGGGUUAUGUCGCGCAGUACCUCGGGUGGAGGUGGGACAACUGGCUUGUGCUCAUCCUCACGGGGGCCGCGGUGGUCACCAUGUUUACCGUGAGGGAGACGUACGGGCCGCGGAUACUGAAGCAGAAGGCCGCGCGGCGGAGGCGGGAGGAGGGCGACGAGAGGUACUGGUGCCAGCACGACUCUAGGAAGUCGACGGCGGAGCUUAUGAGGGUCAACCUGAGCCGGCCUUUUGUGCUGAGCUUUACGGAGCCGAUACUGUGGUUCUUCAAUAUCUGGAUAAGUGUCAUAUAUGGAAUCCUGUAUCUGUGCUUCGUGGCCUACCCAAUCGUGUUCACGCAACAACGAGGCUGGGGCCCGGGCCAGACGGGCCUGUCGUUCAUCGGCAUCGGCAUCGGGACCCUGAUCGCGAUAUUCCUCGAGCCCCUCUGGCGGAGGAUCAUCAACUCGCACGCCAAGGACCCGGAGACGGGCCGCGUCGCCCCGGAGGCCUCGGCCAGCAUCAUGUGCAUCGGCGCGGUGCUGACGCCCCUGGGCCAGCUCGUCUUCUCGUUCACGUGCCUGCCGACGAGCAUCCACUACGCCAUCCCCAUCGCCUUUGGGAUCCCCUUUGGCUGCGGAAACACCCUCUGCUUCAUCUACGGGUCUAACUACCUCGCGGGCGCGUACGGCUACUUCGCGGCGUCGGCGCUCGCGGGCAACGCGGUCAUGCGCAGCAUCUUUGGCGCGACGCUGCCGCUCGCGGGCGCGCGCAUGUACGAGGCCAUGACGCCGCGCUACGCGGGCAUGUUCCUGGGCCUGCUGGAGGUCCUGCUCGUCCCCAUCCCGUGGGUGUUUUACCGCCGGGGGGAGCGGAUCCGCGCGGGCAGCCGGGUCAUACGGAAGAUGCGGGAGGAGCAGGCCAGUGAUGAGCGGAGGAGGGCCAGGGGGGGUCGGCGGCGGCAGCAGCAAGGCCAGGGGGACGGUGGGGGUGGGGGUGCGGCGGCGGCUGUUGUUGUUGUUGUUGAUGAUGCCUCCUCUCCUGAGGUGGUUGGUGGUGGGGAUGUUGUGCCGGCGGCGGCGGCGGCGGCGGAACCCAAGGCUUUGAGCGGGGAGACGCGUGCGGUUGGCUUGGGCGCGGAUGUUGAGAAGGGGCUGGGCGGUUGAGGUGUGGGUGGGCGGGUGCCGGAUCCCCAGCCUGAGGUGCUUGGUUUGAUGUUCCUUGGGAAAGGGAUGCUGGGGUGGUUCUCGGGACAACCAAGGGGAGUUCAAGUUGAGCACGGUGUUGUGCAUAUAAGAAAGAGCCCCCGACACAGGUCCGUGGGAAUUCCCGGGCCUUGGAUCCAUGUUUAAUUGGAGUAUGACUUUAAUGAAUGAAUCCGCCCACA